ACAGCGCACCGCCUGGCGCCCACAGCUCUCCAGGCUGAUAAGUGCUCUGCAAGAGGUAGGGGAAAUUCAUUCAGGGCUGAGACUCGCCAUAUCCUCAACAACCCAGAGAGCAGUAAAGUUAAGUUAAAGAAACACCAUCCUGGUGAUCUAGAGCAUUAAUAACCCAGUUUAUGUUGCAAUUUUAUGCGCCCUGGUGCGAUCAGGCGCGCAACAGAAGGUGGGCGCACAUGGGCGAACAUUUGUCCGUUUGAGUCAGUGACCGAAAAAUAGCCUAACUGUGAAAAAGUUAACCCAGCGACAGAAGAAAGCCGGGAAGCUACAAUGUCUAAUUCCGCCCCCUAUGAGGGUAACACACGGAGGUCUUCUGGUGUGGCACGUGGAAAAAGACCACCGGAUUUGGAGCUGUCGGAAACCACUUUUAACGCGCCUGAACUGGGGACACCUGUGGGCAACGACACAUUUUCUGAAAGAGACAACAUGCAAGAGGAAGGUAACACAAUCACCGAGAUACCCCAAGUUCACCUUCACCCGUACUUAUCUCAUCCCCGGAUGUCAGUGCGGAUGUCGGUGUACAGUACCGGGGUCCGUCCAGUCCUCACCCGCGCCCUCAUCCAAGGACGCGUGUAUAACUUUUUGGAAAGGCCAUCUGGCUGGAAAUGCUUCGUGUAUCACUUCACAGUGUUUCUCAUAGUUCUCGCCUGUCUGAUCCUCAGCGUCCUCUCUACCAUCGAGCAGUACCAGGCUCUGGCUCACACAACUCUCUUCUGGGUGGAAAUCGUCCUUGUGGUGUUCUUUGGUGUGGAAUAUUUUGUCCGCCUCUGGUCAGCAGGUUGCCGCAGUAAAUAUGUUGGCAUCUUGGGCCGACUACGCUUUGCCAGGAAGCCAAUAUCCAUUAUAGACCUGAUUGUAGUCAUUGCCUCAAUAGUUGUGCUGUCAGUGGGAUCCAAAGGCCAGGUGUUUGCCACCUCUGCUGUAAGAGGGAUUCGCUUCCUGCAGAUCCUGCGUAUGCUCCACGUGGACCGUCAAGGAGGCACUUGGCGUCUCCUGGGCUCUGUUGUCUUCAUCCAUCGGCAGGAGCUGAUCACUACCUUGUACAUUGGCUUUUUGAGCCUGAUCUUCUCCUCGUACUUUGUCUACCUGGCAGAGAAAGAUGCAGUCGACAGCAGCGGCUCCACAGAGUUUGGAAACUACGCUGAUGCUCUGUGGUGGGGAGUGGUAACAGUGACUACCAUCGGCUAUGGAGACAAAGUGCCUCAGACAUGGAUUGGGAAGACCAUUGCAUCCUGUUUCUCUGUCUUUGCCAUUUCCUUCUUUGCACUGCCUGCAGGAAUCUUGGGGUCAGGCUUCGCCUUGAAGGUGCAGCAGAAACAACGGCAGAAGCAUUUCAACAGACAGAUCCCUGCAGCUGCCUGUCUCAUCCAGACAUCAUGGAGAAGUUUCGCAGUGGAAAACUUUGAUUCCGCCACAUUCAAGAUGUUUUUGAGAAAGAGACCCAACAUCCCUGCCUCCUCUCUGAACACCCCAAAGCCCAAGAAAUCGGUAAAGAUAAAGAGGAAGUUGAAGAGCAUUGACAAGGACAACGGUCCAACUUCUCCCACAAUUCCCAGCAUCACCUUCGAGUCUGUGUUCGACAAUGGGAAGGAGAUGAGCUCAGACGUUUACAGCACUGUGGGCACAGAUCACCAGCAGUCCUGGACAUCUUUGUCCUCCCUUCAGUUCAGCUCACCAUCUCCAGUGAAAAGAAGUCCUGGCCUUUUGGACGUUCACUCACCUGGUCCCCUCCGGAGAAACUGCAGUUUUGCAGAUGACCUGGAGCUGGAGUCGGAGCGAGAAAGUGAACUGGCUCCUGCCACCUCAGUGUCACAACUGACCGAGUCUCACCGAAGAGCCAUCCGGGUGAUCCAGAGAAUGCGCUAUUUUGUGGCUAAGAGAAAUUUCCAGCAAGCUCGUAAGCCAUAUGAUGUUCGAGACGUGAUUGAGCAAUACUCCCAGGGUCACCUCAACCUCAUGGUGCGAAUCAAGGAGCUGCAGAGAAGACUGGACCACUCAUUAGGGAAGAUAACUUUGUUCCAGUCGGGUACAGACAGAGCCAAAGACAAAGGCACCAACUCUAUUGGAUCCAGACUAAACAGGAUGGAGGAAAAGAUAACACACAUGGACCAGACGCUGAACUGCAUCGCAGAGUCCCUUGCCUUUCUGCUAGACCAGAGGGACGUCGGUGGGGGUGAAGGUGGAGGCAGGCCAAGGCCACGGCUUGGACGGACCAUCAACGUCCUCCCCAGUCAGGACAGCCUGCCAAGCUAUGACCAGCUGUCUUCAUCACCCUCGUCCUUCUCCUCUAACACUGCCAGCACCGCUGCCUGUCCCAACCCUCCCCUCAACCCCACCACCAGUCAGGAGGAGAGCUGAAACCUGAAACCAAAUCUAUCUAUCUAUCUAUCUAUCUAUCUAUCUAUCUAUCUAUCUAUCUAUCUAUUUAAGCAGCUAGCAGCUGCUUUGCUGAUUGUUGACAGCAUGAUAUAUAUGUGGAAUGUCUCAUCAGAGCAUGUGGAAUAUAUGGGACAUAUGUGUGAGAGAAACAUCAUAACCAAUGUUUCGACACUCAUUUCUCAGCAUAUCACAUCAGCAUUAGUUUGAUCUUCUUGGAGUACAAAGUUCCUUAGAAUUGAUAGGAAUUGUUAGAUGCCUUUUAUGAGUAUUAUACCUACUUGAAAUUCAUUCAGGGUAAUGCCAAAGACAUUGCCACUGCCAUGGCAUUGUGUAACUGUGAUUCAAUAUGCUAUACUCUUUUGAAGUAAUAUUAAAUUUUAAAUGCAUGUAUCUUCAUGGUGAGGCCUUAAAUUUCAAUAUUUCAUUUGAAAACUUUUAGUUCAAUCAAAAGCUGUUUUCACCGUUUUGAUUUUGUCUCACUUGUUUUUGUAAAUGUUUAGAGAUAUUCUAUAGCAAUAAAAGAUUGUAGUAAUUA